AUGAUGUCCGCAGACUCUGGGAGCUGUGAUGACCCUCUCCUCUCCUCUGAAGCGGAGAACAACCUGCGAAACACGAUGGUGGAGAAAGUGGCGUCCUUGCUGAAGAAGCUGGAGAUGAACGUGUCAGAGGCAGAAAAGAGGACGGGGAAGAACAGUGUGAACAUGCAGGAGACGUACACCGCCUACCUCAUAGAAACAAGGCCAGCAGACUCAGGCCCUGAUGGAGGCACUCCGGUCCCUGACAUGCUGUGGAGACGCUACAGUGAGUUUGAGCUGCUGCGCACUUACCUGCUGGUCACCUAUCCGUUUAUCAUCAUCCCUCCUCUGCCAGAGAAACGGGCUGAGUUUGUGUGGCACAAGCUGUCUGCAGAUAACCUGGACCCUGACUUUGUGGAGCGGCGCAGAGUGGGACUGGAAAACUUCCUGUUGAGAGUGGCAUCACAUCCUCUUUUGUCCAAUGACAACAUCUUCUUCCUCUUUCUAACUGAUGAGAAAGGCUGGAGAGACACUGUUAUGGAGACUGGUUUUCAGGACAAGGUGGACUCGCGGCUAAAGUCACUGAGCGCCUCUUUUCGAGUCAAAAACCCAGACAAGCGAUUCACAGCACUGAAACAGUCCUGCGACGAGCUCCACACAGUCUUGUCCCAGCUUCUGCGCGUGCGGGUGAGAGUCGCUGACCGUCUGUAUGGAGUCUACAAGGUGCAUGGGAAUUAUGGGCGUGUUUUCAGCGAGUGGAGCGCCAUAGAGAAGGAGAUGGGAGAUGGCCUGCAAAGUGCUGGACAUCACAUGGACACAUAUGCAGCCUCAAUAGAUGACAUUUUAGAAGAAGAGGAGCACUACGCCGACCAGCUCAAAGAGUAUCUGUACUACACUGAGGCUGUGAGGUCCGUGUGUCGGAAACAUGAGCUGCUACAGUACGAGCUGGAGAUGGUGGCUCAGGACCUGGCCUACAAGAAGCAGCAGAGGGAGGAGCUGGCCACUGGGACGGUGCGUGUAUUCUCACUCAAAGGCAUGACCACAAAGCUGUUUGGUCAGGAGAGCCAGGAGCAGAGAGAGCAGAGGCUGUCUACCCUGGAGCAGGCCAUAGGGGAGUGUGAGGAGCUGCUGAAAGAGAAGAACCAGGAGAGCCAGGACUUUAUCCAGGCUGCGUGGAAAGACAUAGAACGUUUCAAAGAGCAGAAAGAUCGAGACCUAAGAGAAGCCCUCAUCAGCUACGCCAUCAUGCAGAUCAGCAUGUGCAAAAAGGGAAUCCAGGUGUGGUCCAACGCCAAGGAGUGUUUCAACAAGAUGUGA